AUGCAAGUGAACACCGAAGACAUUACCGUCAGCUGGGGUCAACAACCUCAUCCACUCGAUAGCACGUACGGAAAAUGGCGCAUGGCUUUAUUUCAAGACUUACAAGAAUCGAUCGACACGAGUAAAUUGUAUUUCUUGUAUGAUCCGAUAGCGGAUGAAAAAUGUUGUACAAGUGGAACACGCAAGGGAUAUCCAGGACUGGUAAUUUUUGACGUAAACAUCAGAUGUUUCGUCGGCGAGAUACCAUUGCAUGCACAAGGCGCAAUGAAAUUUCUUUUCUCACUAAAAUGUCCAUCACCUCAAGGUGGUUCUGCAUUCGUGCUGGUGACAGAGGAACAAAUCUACGGACAGAUUCGUUUGCAUGUAUUCCGCCUUGAUCUUUCUGGUGAUGGAUUGUCUGUGGCGAAUUGUCGUCCUCUACUGAACUCUCCACUCUUGAUAGGAGGGGAGUACAUUUGUUCAAUGCGUGAGGACGCACCGGAAAUUGUAGUAAUGGCCAAUCCAGGUUUACAGGUAUGGCGUAUCAACGCUAUUGCUGAACAGCCACAGGAACCCAGCGCAAAUUUCACAGUGCCUGGUGCUGAUCUCACACAUUUUUAUGACGGAUUUCUCAGCAACGGUGUUCAUCUACUUUCGUCAUCACCUGAUGGUCACCUUGACCACACACGAGUUCACGUGCUAAAUUUGAAUAAUGCUGGGCAGAUUACAACUCAAAACUGCACACCUGAUCCGCAGAGAGGUAUGCCGGCUCCCAGAAAGAAUGCUGGUAUUGAUGGAGUUGCAAAUGCUAUUCUCUUGGCUGGUGGUGAGAUUGAUCAUGGAAAUUACAACGUCCAACGCCUUGUUGACUAUUGGAUGCUGGAUACGAGAACUUUUCAAUGGUUGCAGAUCCCAGCGCAGAUGCCAGCACCACUUAUUGAGCCAAGACUCACUGCAUGUAAUUCAGGAAACAUAUAUCUUUGGGGUGAUUUCGACCAACCGCUUCCAGGAAUGCCACCCGUUGGCACUCACUUGCGCAUUAUGAGGGUGUCUGGUAUGGACAAAGCUGGCCAUCCACCCUCAUAUUCCCAGACCAUAACUCAACCGCCAGGCUAUCUAUCACCAUCACCUCUCCCUUAUUCUCAAUUAGGAGUUGCAACACCUCCAUAUCCCUCCUAUAAUCCGGCACAGACGAACCCGAGUUUCGGUAUGCCAACCAAUCAACCUCAACAAAGCUAUGGUGAUGGAUUUUUUGCUUCCGGUUUCCAACAGAUACCGGCAGGACAAAAUCAAACAGCUUUUUAUCCGCCCCAGAAGUCAAAGAAAGAUUGUUGUAUUCAAUAA